CCUGCCCCUGCCCCGCCCGGCCCUCCCCGCCCGCUGAUGCCGAUGCCGGUUAUUUAUUCCGAUGUGGGCUCGGUGUCCCCUUUCAGCCCAGCCCGUGUCCUUGAGGACGCGGCUGUCGCUGUCGCUGUCCCGGCUCAGCCCCGGAGCGCGGACGCUCCAGCCGGGCCCCUGGCAUCAGGUGCUCGGGGUGCUCCUCCUUCGGCCGGUGCUGCUCCCGGCACGGCUCCCUCCCCUCCUCAGGCAUCGCUCUGCUCCUCUGGGGAUCUGCGAGAGCUCUGAGCGGUGAGUAACACACUGCCCCUUCCCGACCCUGUCCCGCGGGACCCGGGGACGUGACCAGGUCAGAGCGGUGACCUGCUGAUGGCCAUCCCUGACAGCUGCCUUGGGAUCUCUGAGAUGGUCAGCGGCUCACAAGUGUGACUUGGCUGGCCUUGCUCUGUAGGCUGAGGUGAAUGACCCUCUCCCAGAACGACUCUGCAAGUGUCAACUUCUGACCAGUCUCCAGAUCCUCCCCCAUGGCCAAAACCUUUGUUGUGGUGCCUGAAAUCCAUGGGAGGUUCAGGGUGUGCAGUGUGGCAGCUGGGACACGAGGUGUUCUCCUCCUGUUCUGUAACAGAGCUGAAAACACCUCUGGCUGCAUCAGAGCUGUGGAAGAGUAACUUCCCAACAGCUGGGGGACACAGUUUGGGCAGGUCUGUGCCACGAGGCACCUCCUCUCAGUUACCUUUAAACAACACUGAGCUGGUCUGGGAGUCCUGCACGUGUCUUUCUCUCUCCCAAGAAGAGUAAAGCACCACUUGGUAAAAACGUUCCUUGGCUCAGAAGCCAAUUGUACAGAGGGAUUGUCUGUGUGUUCUCAGCUGGAGUAGUUUUACAGCUACGAAGAACAUUUCUCUGAAGGUAAAUCUGAAGGGGUUUUGCUCCAUACUCGUACUGACUGCUUUCCCUUCUCCACCUCAGAAACCCUGGGAAUUGUAUUCCCUGUCACACAGGCACUGUUUGACUGGAGUUACUGCAAUCCCUGGCUCAUCUGCCUUCCCUGCCAGAUGCCCUCAGAACAUGUCUGAUUGGACCAGCCUGUGGUAUGUCUGGCUGCUCCUGCUGACGCUGUUCCUGCUCCUGCUCUGCGGGCUCUCGGCGAGCUGUGUCAGGCUGUGCUGCCGCAGGAAGAGGCUCCCGGUGGAGACGUUCCCUCGGCACCCCUGUGACCUAGCAGGGAUCGGCAUCGACAGCGACAGCACCGCCCACAGCACCGUCACCUCAUACAGCUCAUGGCAGUACCCUCCGAGCGUGCAGAUCCCUGCAGUGUUUGUGGAUAUGGAUAAGAACACCCUGUCCCCCCCAGCUUACAGUGUCUAUGCACUGGACUUGCCACCUUCCUACGACGAGGCUGUGCAGAUGGGGAAGCCAGGGGCUGAAGUGGCACGGACACUCAGUGACAUCCCUGAGCAGGGGACACCAGCGGGGCUGAGCCCCAGCCAGGACCCACCUGAGACAGCCACCAGGGAUCCAGCACCACGGGCAACUGCAGAGACCUCACAGGGUGCCACAGAAGAACAGCCCCGGAUCUGACUCGUUUCUGAUGGGGAGGACAGGCAGGGAAGGACCGUAGGAAUUUAAGAGGACGGGAAGGGUUUGGGUUUAUAAGUAGGUUAUGGUGGGAAGAUGUUCCCUCUCGUGCCCUUGCAAUGAUCUGCCAGAAGAAAUGCUUUCUGUGACUUCUGUAAAUCCCCUGGUAAGGCUUCUUCAAGGAUAUGAAAUGAGGUAAAAGGGCAGCAGUUUAAAAAUGCCUGUAGAAGUGGGACGUGAAUGCUCGUUCAUCUUCUGAUUAAAAAAAAACACUCCUUGUGUCCAGCAAUAAAAAAGGUCUGGGGAAUUCUGCCACCCUGGGAAUGCACACUCAGAACAGAACAAGCAGGAAGCUGCUGUCCCAGAACAGAAGUUUCCCAAGCUGGAGCUGAAGGGGGGAAUCCCCACAAGUCCCACUGAGCAGCCUCUGCAGUUUCUCUUCUUUUGAGAACAUCAACUGCCCAGAAAAUUGCUGAGGACAAACUGCUGCAUGGGCCUGGAGAUGUGCAAACUUCCUCAGGAGCCUGGAGAGGUACAAAGCUCCUGAUGAGCCUGGAGAAGCCAAGCAAGGACAGGAGGGCGUGUGGAGGGAAAUGGAGGGAAAUGCCUUCACUGUUUCACAGCCACUGACAGGGAAAGACACAGAGGAGAAAAGACCCUUCUUGGUGGUUGGUCAUGAGACCCAAAGGGAUUGUUGUCGAGGUUUUGUAAAUCUUUAAAUUCCUAUUUUUGAGAAGAGCUGCCUUGUGGGGAGGAUCCUUUCAGUGUUUAUUUUUUCCAGGUAAAAUGCACAUCAGUCCCAAAGAGACACUUGCACACUGGGCUCAGUGCUGCUGAUGGGUUUCAUCAAACAUUUCAGAGAUGCCUUUCUCCUUUGUUACCUGCUCAGGUGUCAGGCUCUCAGUCAGCACAGGACAGAGAAUCCCAGACUCCUGGCAGCUUUGCCCAGUUCAGAACUCAGCUGAGCUCAGGGAUGAGCAGGGUGGCACAGAACAGCCAGAACAAGUUGCAGGUACAAAUCCCACUGUACAGGCUGGGCAACAGCCCAAGGAACUUAUUCCUUGGGAUGGGCCUUGGGGAAUACUGACAGAGGGAUACCUGCUGGGCAUCAUUUGAACCUGGGAGCUUGGAGCUGGUUACAGCAGCCACAGCCCAGAGAGAAACAGAGAAAAAAGGCCUGGGAGAGGCCUUUUAAUGGCAGCUCCUUCCCUUGCUUGCCCUCCCUUAUUCCAAACAGAAGGAAUUUUGCCCACUCCUGAGCAGGGAUUUUCUUGAUUCCCCUCUAACAAGGUGCUGAUUUGGCUGCCUUUAAGAACCUGAGCAAUGCCCAGGGUGGCUCCUUGCCCUGGGAUUGUCUGUGGGGUGGGAGCAGGAGGGGAAGUGAGCACUGGUGCCAUUAACGGGAGCACAACCCGGGGUCCGUCACUGAUCAGCAGUAGGAUGGGUGGGCACAGAAGCCUGCACAGCUUUUGGGAGACUGUUACUCUGUGCCAGCCAUUGCUGCAAGAACUGCUGUGGAAAUGAGCAGCAGUGAUUUAGGAGGGAAGGUCUCUGCCAGCCACUCCGGUGUGUUUGAGCUGCCCGGGCUCCCCGGGGAAGGGUCGGCUCUAUAUUUAACUUGCACGUCCCUCACUGUGAGGGCUGACUGGAGUAACAACUCUGCUUCUCUUGGGUCUCCUCUCUGUCAUCCUUCAUUAUAUUUCUCCUGUUUUAUCCUU